UUAAACUAUUUGAGUUCAUUUAAAAAAAAAAAAAAACAACCCACCAGGCAGGCAGAAACAGCUCAGACAGAAAAUGUAGAAGAAAAUGAAGAACCUUUUGUUGCCCCUCCGGGACUGAAUGUACCUUCUGACGUGGAACUGCCACCAACAGCAAAAAUGCAUGCGAUUAUAGAACGAACUGCAAACUUUGUCUGCAAGCAGGGAGCACAGUUUGAGAUUAUGCUAAAAGCCAAGCAAGCACGCAACUCCCAGUUUGACUUCUUGCGAUUUGAUCACUACCUCAAUCCCUACUACAAAUUCAUUCAGAAGGCAAUGAAAGAGGGACGAUACGCUGCUCCUUCUGAAAAUAAAGCAGACGAGAAAAAACACUCGAGAGUCAAAUCUGAGGAAGAAGACGAUGACGACGACGAUGAUGAUGGAAAUUAUCUGCAUCCGAGUCUCUUUGCAUCUAAAAAAUGCAGUAGGCUUGAAGAGCUCAUGAAGCCUUUGAAGGUAGUAGACCCUGAUCAUCCACUUGCAGCACUGGUGCGCAAAGCGCAAUCGGAUAAUAACUCAUCUACACCACAGUCAACAGAUGGGGCAGCUGUACAGACAUCACAAGCAGAAUAUUCUUCUGAUUCAACUGUGGCAGCCAUGUAUUAUAGUUACUAUAUGCUACCUGAUGGAACCUAUUGCCUCGCACCUCCACCUCCAGGAAUAGAUGUUGCCACCUACUACAAUGCGUUGCCUGCAGGGGUGACUGUAUCGAGCACUACAGGGGUAGCAACAGUACCCCCACCCCCUGGUACUACACCUCCACCUCCCCCAGACACAACCGAUAGCAGCAGUGGGUUGACUUCUACGACAACAUCUACAAGCACAAUUGCUCCAGUGGUUGCCAUUAUACCUCCACCCCCAGAUAUCCAACCUGUUAUUGAUAAGCUAGCUGAGUAUGUUGCUAGGAAUGGGAUAAAAUUUGAAACCAGUGUGCGUGCCAAGAAUGAUCUCAGGUUUGAGUUCCUGCAGCCAUGGCACCAGUAUAAUGCAUAUUAUGAAUUUAAAAAACAGUUCUUCCUUCAAAAAGAGAGCAGUGACAACUGUCAGGGAGUAUCUUCAUCUGAAGAUGUUCCAGCAGAUACUGUCGGUGAUACACCAAGUGAGACUCAAUUUGCAGAUGAACAUGCACCUGAAGAUGCAUCUGAGCCAAGUGCUAAGGGAGUUCCAGGAACUAAAAAGGAUGUUCCUCCUUCUAAAACUGUCAGUGAUGGUAAAUUGGUGAAAGCAUCAUUUGCUCCAAUAAGCUUUGCAAUCAAGGCCAAAGAAAAUGACCUUCUUCCUUUGGAGAAAAACCGUGUUAAAUUAGAUGAUGACAGUGAUGAGGAGGAAGAAGAGGGCAAGGAAGGCCAAGAGAAUGCUAAUAGUGCUUCAAACCAUACUCCAGCUGUUACCACUCCUUGUACUGCUGCUGAAGAGAAAAAACCUCAACUUACACAGGAGGAGUUAGAAGCUAAACAAGCAAAGCAGAAACUAGAGGAUAGAUUAGCAGCUGCAGCAAGAGAGAAGCUUGCACAGGCCUCCAAAGAAUCAAAAGAAAAGCAGCUACAAGCAGAGCGCAAAAGGAAAGCUGCACUGUUCUUGCAGACCCUGAAAAACCCUCUGGCAGAGGCAGAAACUGAGAAAAUUGAAGAGAAUUCCUUCAAUAACGAG